GAGGGGGCGGGACGCCAGCGCCAGGUGGCCGGGCGCGUUUGCCCGUCCUAGCCGUCCCUGCGGUGCUGCUUGCCGCGACCCUAGGCUACCUGGAGGCUUUGGCCACGACGGUGUCGGUGGGGAGCCCUCGGAGCGGCCGUGAUGGCCAGCACCAGGAGUAUUGAGCUGGAGCACUUUGAGGAACGGGACAAAAGGCCGCGGCCGGGGUCGCGGAGAGGGGCGCCCAGCUCCUCCGGCGGCAGCAGCAGCUCCGGCCCCAAGGGGAACGGCCUCAUCCCCAGCCCGGCGCACAGUGCCCACUGCAGCUUCUAUCGCACGCGCACGCUGCAGGCCCUGAGCUCGGAGAAGAAGGCCAAGAAGGCGCGCUUCUACCGGAAUGGGGACCGCUACUUCAAGGGCCUGGUGUUUGCCAUCUCCAGCGACCGCUUCCGGUCCUUCGAUGCGCUGCUCAUGGAGCUCACCCGCUCCUUGUCGGACAACGUGAACCUGCCCCAGGGCGUCCGCACCAUCUACACUAUCGACGGCAGCCGGAAGGUCACCAGCCUGGACGAGCUGCUGGAAGGUGAGAGUUACGUGUGUGCAUCCAACGAACCAUUUCGUAAAGUUGAUUACACCAAAAAUAUUAAUCCGAACUGGUCUGUGAACAUCAAGGGUGGGACAGUGCGAGCGUUGGCUGCUCCCUCCUCGGUGAAAAGUGAGAUGAAGGAAAGUAAAGAUUUCAUCAAACCCAAAUUAGUGACUGUCAUUCGAAGUGGAGUGAAGCCUAGAAAAGCCGUGCGGAUCCUUCUAAAUAAGAAGACUGCUCAUUCCUUUGAGCAGGUCUUAACAGAUAUCACUGAAGCCAUUAAACUAGACUCAGGAGUGGUCAAGAGACUCUGCACACUGGACGGAAAGCAGGUCACUUGUCUACAAGACUUUUUUGGUGAUGAUGAUGUUUUUAUUGCUUGUGGACCUGAAAAAUUCCGUUACGCUCAAGAUGAUUUUGUCCUGGAUCAUAGUGAGUGCCAAGUCUUGAAGUCAUCUUAUUCUCGCUCCUCAGCUGUGAAGUAUUCUGGAUCCAAAAGCCCUGGACCCUCUCGACGCAGCAAAUCACCAGCUUCAGUAAAGAGGGGUGGCCACUACUCCAGUGCCUACUCUACAGCCAAAUCCCCAGUUAAUGGAACUCCCAGCAGCCAGCUUUCCACUCCUAAAUCUACAAAAUCCUCCAGCUCCUCUCCAACCAGUCCAGGAAGUUUCAGAGGAUUAAAGCAGAUUUCUGCACAUGGCAGAUCUUCUUCCAAUGUAAAUGGUGAACCUGAACUUGAUCGUUGCAUGAGUCCUGAAGGUGUAAAUGGGAACAAGUGCUCUGAAUCAUCAACUCUUCUUGAGAAAUACAGAAUUGGGAAGGUUAUUGGUGAUGGCAAUUUUGCAGUAGUCAAAGAGUGUAUGGACAGGUCCACUGGAAAAGAAUUUGCCCUGAAGAUUAUAGACAAAGCAAAAUGUUGCGGAAAGGAACACCUGAUCGAGAAUGAAGUGUCAAUACUGCGCCGAGUGAAACAUCCAAACAUCAUCAUGCUGGUCGAGGAGAUGGAGACAGCUGCCGAACUCUUUCUGGUGAUGGAAUUGGUCAAAGGUGGAGACCUCUUUGAUGCAAUUACCUCUUCAACCAAGUACACUGAGAGAGACGGCAGCGCCAUGGUGUUCAAUCUGGCCAGUGCCCUCAGGUAUCUCCACAGCCUCAGCAUCGUGCACAGAGACAUCAAGCCAGAGAACCUAUUGGUGUGUGAAUACCCCGAUGGGACCAAGUCUUUGAAGCUGGGAGACUUUGGGCUGGCCACUGUGGUAGAGGGCCCUUUGUAUACAGUCUGUGGCACCCCCACUUACGUGGCUCCAGAAAUCAUUGCGGAAACAGGCUAUGGUCUGAAGGUGGACAUUUGGGCAGCAGGAGUGAUCACGUACAUACUUCUCUGUGGAUUCCCACCAUUCCGAAGCGAGAAUAAUCUCCAGGAAGAUCUCUUCGACCAGAUAUUGGCUGGGAAGCUGGAGUUCCCAGCUCCCUACUGGGAUAACAUCACUGACUCGGCAAAGGAAUUAAUCAGCCAAAUGCUUCAGGUAAACGUUGAAGCCCGGUGUACUGCAGGACAAAUCCUGAGUCACCCCUGGGUGUCAGAUGAUGCCUCCCAGGAGAAUAAUAUGCAAGCCGAAGUAACAGGUAAACUAAAACAGCACUUUAAUAAUGCGCUCCCCAAACAGAACAGCACCACCACCGGGGUCUCUGUGAUCAUGAACACGGCUCUAGAUAAGGAGGGGCAGAUCUUCUGCGGCAAGCUCGGCCCGGACAGCGGCCGGCCGGGGACGGAGCCCGCCUCCCCGCCGCCUCCCGCGGCCCCCGCCCCCCCGGAGUCCGCCGCGGGCCGCGAGCGGGCCGGGCCCUGGCGCCGCCACCGUGACUGAGCCGCGGCCGCCCUCCGGAGGCUGGGCCUCGCGUCCUGCCCGCGCGCCGCCCCCGGUCCUGGGGCGGCCUGUCGGUGUCGGGGGCGGACACUCGGGGUGCCUCGUUUUAAAUUAUUUGUAUUUUCAACUCAAUGGACAUUAUACAGUGUUAUCAGGAGAACGGGCAACUUUUAUCCAGGAUUUAAUGAAUUUUUAUAGAAAUGCUUUGGAUGAACCGAGACCUGUCCUUUCUUCAAGGAGACCUGGAGUGCUCCACCUUUUCUUACGGAGAACUCAGCGCCGCCCCUGCCCCUCUGGGUGUCCUGCGAGAGGGGGCGCGAUGCCGACCCCGCCAACCGGCCCGGGGCUGCCCUGCGCCGGAGGAAGCGAGCUGAGCGGACGGCCUGGCCCCAGGCGCUACUCCGGACUCCGCCGAGUGCUUUCGGGGCGCGAGGCAGCAGCCCCCGUACAGCUGGGGUCGCGGCUCGCGUAGGACAACACUGGGUAUUUAUUUGUGCACAGACCACAGGGCAAGGCCCCUUUCUUCCCUAGACACUGUGUGUUUCCCCCCCAGCUCUUCCCACGUAUUUGUUAGGAAUUGCUAAUCGAGCGGUCCCUUGGGCUUCUGAACGAAGGCCCGGCUUGGGGCGUGCGGCGCCGCCUGGCAGCAGGGGGCCCUUCUCGGCAAGCCCACCCGCAGAGCAGGGCACCCGGGGUCGCCGCCAGGACCCGGGCAGGAAGGUGCCCCAGACCCCCUCUGUUCCUAACCUUCUGGAAGGCUGCUGGCAGUUUUUCCUUUUUCCCACCACACUGCUCUUUUUAAGAAUUGUACAUAAUCAGUGUAUUUGUUUCACCUGCUCGUCUUCUCACCUGGUGGUCCCUGCAGUUCACUCUCACUGUUAGACUUUUGCCUCCUACACGUGUACCCAACCUGCAAUAAACUCCUCCUUGAGCGAAAGUAAUCGGGGGUGGGCAGAGGUUUCUGUCGUGGUGUUUUGCAAAAGGAAGCGUGGUUAGCGCGCAACCUCCGCAGCCCAGGUUCCGGCAGGUGCCACUGUCACAGUCUGUGUGACGUCUCGGGGCUGAAGGGGGAAGAGAAGAGGGAACAGUGCUGGGGAAUAACACAUGAAGCUGUGUUCUCGUCACAGUUCAUUUGAUUACAGGUGCAGAAGCUCAUGCCGCCAAGGCUCAAGAAUCGUAGGGUGUUCUCAGUAUGUAACAGAGGGGUCUUAACCAACGGCAAGGCCAGGCUCUAUGUGGAAUCUCUCUGAGACAAUGCAG